CACGAGCAGCCGCGCUGGGUGCCGACGUGGUCCGACCCCAGCGAGCACGGUGUUUGCACGGAGAUGGCCAAGAUCGUCGCCGCGGCCGACAAGUACGGCGUCCUGCCCCUCCUCCGGCCCUUCGUCUCCGACUGGCUCGUCCACGCCCUCCCGCCCUCUCGCAUCGGCGGCCAGGACGCCAUCGAUCCCGAGAUCGCGGAGCGGCUCAACCUGGCUUGGCAGCUGGGAGCCGUGGGGCGCGUGGAGGAUUACACCCGGAAGCUCGUCUACGACUCGAACAUAUCAGCGGCGAUAGUGGAGGAGUUGCUCGCCGAGGCGCGGAAGUGCCCGGUCGAUAGGUUCCCGGCGCUUCCAGGACUGUUUGGCGUGGCGGCAAAGCGCCGGGAGGCGGGCAUCCAGGCCGCCCUGGACUUUUUCGGUCAGAUGAUAAACGACCUUAACAACGACGACCCCUGCCGGCAGCCUAUAUUUGACCCCUCGUCCAUUCCCGGGUAUACUCCUGUGGCGGCCGCCGCCAUUGAGGAGCUGAUCGGAUCCGUUUCCGAUCGUGACUCGGUGUAUCGCCCACUAUGCGGAAUCACGAUAAACAUGUAUAUCUCGGAGCGUAUCAAGGAGGUCGGCGCCGAAAACAUACCACCGCAGGUCAAGGAUUUCCCUUCGUCCGUUAGCGAUUUGCUAUACACGAUUCGCUGUAUCCACGGCUUGCAGCCUGGGCGCGUUCCCGCGCCGAGAGUCCUCCAUCCGGCGUGCCUCCAGGUCCUCCAGAAGAAGUUCGAGGACUUUGCAGCAGAGCUUCUCAGCCGCUGGUCAGAGCCGGAAUCCAUCCUGGAGUUGGAACAGGUUGAGUGGCUCAAGAGGCGCAGCGAUAUUCUGGCGACGGGUAGUUCCUCUGCUUGA